ACUUCUACACUUCUCCUUGAGAUCUUCAGUAUCUUCGGCAAAGAGCAAACGUGUAAAUUAGCUCUCUCAAAUCGCCUGUUACUUUGAAAUUGGAGAAUUUUCCUGUAUCACCAUGGCGGAAUCAGAAGAGAAGGUUGGGGAUGUGAAGGAUGUCACAUGCUGUCUUUGCCUGGAGCAGUACCAAGACCCGCGAGUGCUAGCCUGUCUGCACACUUAUUGUCGGCACUGCCUGGAAAGUCUGGCAGAGCACAGCCAGGGGGACUCCAUUUCUUGUCCCCAGUGCCGGGAAAAAAUACAGAUUUCUGUCGAUAAAGUGCAAAAUCUAAAAGAAGAUUUUCUACUGAGUAAUUUGAUUAAGAGGAUCUCAUUGAGUCAAGGGAAGAAGGAUGAGGAGUCAGUCGAUUGUGAAACCUGCCAAAGUGAUGUUGCUACUGGGAGAUGUACUGAUUGCAGUGAGUUCAUGUGUGAGUUCUGCAUCAAUUCUCACAGACGAUUACUUCGCACAAAACAGCACAAGAUAAUUGGUAUUAAAGAGGCCACAGAUAAAGGCACUUCAAAUUGCAAGUCACACUAUUGCCCACACCACAUUGGCGAGAGACUUGCACUAUUUUGCAGUAUUUGUGAUGAGUUGAUUUGUCGGGAAUGUGCCAUUAAUACUCACCAAGAUCACAAGUAUUAUUUUCCCAACGCCAUCAUUGAUCAUGAAAAAGAAAUAGUCAAGACAAAGAUGGAAGUGGUCAAAGCCAAGGUAUCUGAUUUAUCACAUGCUCAUGCUAAUGUUUUUAGCUUAUUUUCUCGACUUGGAGCAGAGAAUAAAGCCUUGACGUCAGAAAUUGAUGAAUUCAUAGAUGCUCAAGUAAGCACUUUGGAAGAGAUUCGCAUGAAUCUUAAAGACGAAGUCAUAUCCGAUAAUGGGAAGAUAAAAAAGCAACUUGCUUCUCAGGAAGAUUAUCUCUGUAUUUCCAUUGCAAACUGCAAUAGCUGUGUGAAGUUUGCUGAACGCUUUUGUCAAGCAGGGUCAGGGGACGAAAUUGAAGUGCUGUCAUUGAAAAAGGAGCUCGUAUCGCGACUAUCAAGUCUUGCCGAUAUACCAAUUCAAGAUGUCGAAUUAGCAAAUUCCAACAGGUUAAGUGUAGACAACAAGUUUUGGGCAUCUAUGACCGAGAAGGCUUUACUGGAAAAAAGACUGCAGACCUUAGACCAUCAGCAGUGCGUCGUUACCAUGGGGGCUGGCGCUGAACCAGGUGUCAUAUAUUCCACCUUUGUAUGUCAGGAAAUUAUAUUCAGCCUUACCGUAAAGGACUGCAAAGGAGAACAGUUCGAGGCGCCUGUAAGAGUAAAAGCCACUAUCCGGAAGACAACUCCAGAACAAAAUGAAGAGAAUUCUAUAUUUGUGUCAAGUGAUGGAAAGGGCAUAUAUAGUUUUAUGUACACCCCAUUAUUUGAUGGUGAUUACGAAUUAUCUGUGAAGUUAAACGGUAAGGAGGUCAGAGGCAGUCCGUUUAAAUGGACCGUGAAACCUGGGAAGGAUUUUCCUGAUUUCAAGAACUCCCGAGAUCUUCUAAAGGAUAGGGAAGAACAUAUAAUUUUGAAAUUGAGAUUAAUUCAACUUGAAUGGGGUGAUGCGAGCAUAGGGGUAGCUCAUUGUAGAAAUAUGAGACAAGUUUGGGGCUGCUCUCCCGGAAGAAAGUACACUAAGAGUACAGAGUCAAGUAGGAGUGUCAGCUUUUGGAAGGUGACCACCCCCAGACCCUCUGCCCCCCAUCUAGGUGAUGCGUUACCCCGAUAUUCGCCAACUACUCAUCUGCAAGUAAUUCCAGUUUCCAAGAAACGUGCUCUGCUAAAGCCAGUAAAUCGUUUUUCGUAGGCUGUUCCCGCAAGAUGACCAGAUCUUCAUACGGCUUCACAGCCCAUUUAAAUUUGCUACCUUUGAUAUGAUCACCAUUCACUGUUACAGACAAACUGUAAUCACCAUCUUCUGUUGGCGUGAACGUAAAACUAUACAACCCACUCCCAUUAGUUGACACCGAUAAGGGAAUCACUUCAGUUGGCUUUGGUGUUGACUUCUGGAUAGUGACUUCAACAUCUACUCGACUCUUAUAGCUUUGUUUUUUUUAUUGUCAUUAACGGCAACAUUGAAUUCAGUAGUCUUGGAUAUGAAUGUGGAAUACACCACACUAGGUUCAGCGCCCAUCCCCAUGAUGAGUUCACAUUGUUGAGUAACAACCUGACUGUUGUAAACUAGAAUACUGUUUGUCAUAGAUAACCAGAAGCUCUUGUCUACAUAAAGCUUAGCAGGCGUCACACCACCAAGUUCACUCGGGCCACUAUUCAAUGGGUUCUCUGAUAUGGCAUUAAGGGCCAGUAUGACUUCCUUCUUUGUGGAUAAAACAUCAAAAUCUGUACCCUUCCUGCACAUCUCAUCAGCAGACUUUAUACGACUUUGUAUGUUUGCUAGAACGGAAGACAACUGAUCCUCUUGUUCAGUUAGUUGCUUGUGCUUGCUUUCAUAAUCAGACAUGACGUCAACUUUUAGAACUCUGCGUAUCUCCUCCAGCUUAUCAUCAACGAAUUCAUCAAUUUCUUUUCUCAACGACUUUCUUUACGCUUCUAAUCGAGCCUUCUCGUUCAAAACAUUUGCCUGUGCUUGGGAUAAACCCGCCUCCUUGUCUUUUACCUCCUUUAUCUUUGCUUAGGUGACUUCUUUCUCUCGAUCGAUGAUGUUGCUAGUGAAGUUAUACUUAUGAUCUUGAUGGGAAUUGAUCACACAGUCUCGGCAGAUGAGCUCGUCACAUAACAGAGUGAGCCUCUCAUCUUUAUGGAAAGGACAGUGUCCAAGCAGGCGACCAGAAGAACUUGUUGCUUCUUUAAGCGCUAUUACCUUGUGCUGUUUUGUACGAAGUCAUCGUUUGUGGGAAUUGAUGCAGAACUUACACAUGAAUUCACAGCAAUAGGUGCAUCUCCCAGCAGAGUGAUCUCCUUGACAGGUUCCACAAGUGAUGGAUAUCGCGGAUUUACUACCUUGAUCAAGUGAAUUCUUCUCUUUUAAGCUGUUAUUUCUUAACUUCCCUGCUUCAUCAACAGUAAUC